AUGUGGAGCAGAUGGGACCCGGAACACUGUAAUGGUGGGUUAAGAUGGCAGAUUUUCUCUUACAACUCCGGCUACAACUACAAAAAUUCCAUUUCUAAUGGUGGCUUGUUCUUGAUGGCGGCGCGUUUGGCUCGAUACACGGAUAAUGCAACCUACGGGGAUACCGCGGAAAUCGUGUGGGACUGGUCCAACGAGAUUGGUUUCAUCCAUAACUCGACUUCUGUGUGGCAAAUCUGGGAUGGUGCCAACAUCGAAGAAAAUUGCACAGAAUUUACCAAGAUUGAAUGGAGUUACAAUUAUGGGGUCUAUAUGGCUGGUUGUGCUUACAUGUACAACUACACCGAGAAUGAGGUUUGGAUGGAACGUGCUCAUGACUUAUUGCUGUCGGCUACAUCCUUAUUCUUCAACAGUUCCAAUUCGAUCAUGUAUGAACAGUACUGUCAGGCAGCGGGUAUGUGUGAUAACGAUCAACGUUCUUUCAAGUCCAUUUUCUCCAGAUGUUUGGGGUUGACUGCUGUGUUGAUUCCAUCUACCCAUGAAGAUAUUAUGGGCUUGCUCACUAAAUCUGCCGUGGGUGCUGCUCAGUCGUGUUCCGGUGGCAGUGAUGGUCACACCUGUGGUCUCGAUUGGACAUUUCCUGGAUGGGAUGGAAAGUAUGGUUUGGGAGAACAGAUGUGUGCCUUGGAAGUGAUGCAGAACUUGUUGGUCAGUCAACUUCCAGCGCCGUAUAAGAACAACACCGGUGGCAGUUCAGUAGGUAAUGUUAAUGCUGGUAGCACUAAACUAGUGACGUUGAAUCAAAAUGAGCUCACCAUCACAGGCGGAGACAAAGCCGGUGCGGGUAUUCUUACCGCUGUGGUCUUAGCAGGGUUGCUUGGUGGCUCCAUCUGGAUGGUGUGGUAAGCAUAUAUGUUCUACAACCACAUUCUGACUGAAUUUCUCAAUUACUCGUAUUUUGUUACAUGUAGCUUAUUUUUAAAAUACUAUUAUUCUCAGGC